AUGUAUCUCUGGAACAUCUCGUACGAGGCCAAGGUAAAUCCAAAUUGGGGCGACGACCGACAAAUACGUGCAACACCUCCCUUGAACAAAGCCCUGAACCCUUCUUCCUUGAGAAUACGGCUGAAUGCGUCCGCAAUGUUCUUGUACGCCUUCUCUCCUGGUCUCACCUCCACUUGCAAUCUGGUCUUGAUCACAUCGCAUGGAGUCGUGCAGGAAGUAGAUGGCACUGAAAGGAACGUCUCUCAGCAUGCAGGCAGAAGCACCUUUAUAAAGACCCUUGAGUCCAAGUGCUCUGACAAUAUCAACGGCAGACUUCUCGACGUAAGGAAUGCCUUCCUUGGCCAUCUGUCUAACGGUCUCACCUUGAACUUGCAGUCUGAUCUUGGUGAUUUCCAGAGGAUUGGUGAAGAUCACCUGACAAGCACCAGCAGAAGAACCGGCCAAGAUCUCCCAGCCCAUGGUCAAUUCGCCGUUCUUGCAGUACUUGGCACCGAGUCCUCUGACCAAAUCGUUGACGGUCAAUUUGAUGGCCUUUUCAGGAGCCACACCGACCAGUUGAGGCAGCAGUCCGGAGUAGAAACCAAUCAGUCCUUCGUGCUGGAACACUUUACGGAAACAGUCACCGUAAGAGCUGUAAAGAGAGUUUCCCUUCUGGUUCUGCAUUCUGGUUUUAACUAA